CAAGGCAGCUGGGAGCCUCCUCCUCUGAUAGCGAGCGAGCUCCUCUGCCCUUCUGCUACCUUCUCUUCUCUUCUCCUCUCCUCUCCAGCACAACCGCCGCCGCCGCUUCUCCACUGACUGCUCGGUGCACUAGAUCUCUCCACCGAGCAAGAGGGGAAGGGGUCGUACGUAUCUUGUGAGGAGAAGAGAAAGAUCGAGAUGGCUUUCCUGAACAUGGAGCAGCAGACCUGGGCCUUCACCUUUGGUAUCCUAGGUAACAUAAUCUCACUGAUGGUCUUUCUGUCACCGCUGCCGACGUUCUACCGCGUGUACCGCAAGAAGUCGACGGAGGGGUUCCAGUCGACGCCGUACGUGGUGACGCUCUUCAGCUGCAUGCUGUGGAUCUUCUACGCGCUGCUCAAGACCGGCGCCGUGCUGCUCGUCACCAUCAACGGCGUCGGCUGCGUCAUCGAGACGGUGUACAUCGCCAUGUACCUCGUGUACGCGCCCAGGGCCGCCCGGGUGCUGACGGCGAAGAUGCUGCUGGGCCUCAACGUCGGCGUCUUCGGCCUCGUCUCGCUCGUGACCAUGGUGCUCUCCAAUGGCAACCUCCGCGUGCACGUGCUCGGAUGGAUCUGCGUCAGCGUCGCGCUCAGCGUCUUCGCCGCGCCGCUCAGCAUCAUGCGCCAGGUGAUCCGGACCAAGAGCGUGGAGUUCAUGCCCUUCUCGCUGUCCUUCUUCCUGGUGCUGAGCGCGGUGAUCUGGUUCGCGUACGGCGCGCUCAAGAAGGACGUGUUCGUGGCGUUCCCCAACGUGCUGGGCUUCGUGUUCGGCCUCGCGCAGAUGGCGCUGUACAUGGCGUACCGGAACAGGAAGCCCGCGGCUGCGGUGGUGAUGGUGGAGGAGGUGAAGCUGCCGGAGCACGUCAAGGAGGUCGCCGCGGCGCCGGUGGCUCACGAGGGCAGGGCCAGCUGCGGCGCCGAGGUGCACCCCAUCGACAUCCUGCCGGUCGAGCCACCCGCGGCGGCGGUGGCGGCACAAGACCCGCAGGUCGCGGUGGCCAUCGACGUGGAGCCCGUCACUUGCGCGGCAGCGGCCGGCAGGGUCGAUGGCGACGGCCUCGUGGCGCCGGAGCUGGCGAUGAUCAAGCCUGACACGGCCAUUGCCGUGGAGGUGUAGGUUAGCCAAUAGCCAUAUGGCAGAAGGCAGCAGAAGUCUCUAGCUAGUAUCAAUCAGUACUCAGUAGUAAUUCUCAUGUGAAGAAGAACGGCCGGGCCUGCUACGCUACAGCCUACAGCAGCAGCGGUCAGAUGUAUCGGCCACAUGCAUGCAUGCGUGACUUGUCUCUCCGCAGUCUGCAUGCAUGCAAGCCCGUUGACCGGUCGAGGUGGUGGAGUGGGAGGUAGCCGGGCCCGUAGGCGAGUAGCGCCUUGGCACCCACGGGGCCAGCCAUACUGAGCCCCGUGUGAUGAGCCGACGAGAGAUGAGGAGGAGGAGGUAGAUAAUGCGAGCGAGCGUGUUGGUUCAUCAGAUUCAGACGGCCAGGCUGCAGCUAGCGGCUGAGCCCGUGUGCGUGUGUGUGUAAUCGAUUCGAUCGGCUUGUCGAUCGCCUUUGUGUGUGUCCUAUUCUGAUUGUUUCAUUCCAUUUCAUGCCUGCCGUCUCAGCAAUAAACUCGGAAUGGACGAUUCACUA